CCACACAGACACACUUGUGGUAUGAGCACAAGAACCAACAAUGCUUACGGAUUCAUAAUUUAUAUAAAAAGAAAGAAAGAAAGAAAAAAUCUGAGACUGACAGUGAGAAAAAAAGAAAUCCACUUCAGAAAGACAGCGAAGUGAACAUCAAGUACUUCAAACUCCCAAUCUGUGACGCAUGAUGAAGGCAGAAGGGGACUCUGAUUGUCAUGACAACUGUACAGCUCAAACAGAAAUAAAAGUCAUUAUAAUAGGUAGCAAAGGAGAAUACAAAUGCAUUGCAGCUAAUACCAUCCUUAGUCAUACUAAAUGGAAAGUGGGUAAAGAGAUAGUCAAGAGUGAAAUGAAACAAAGUACAAAUCAGAACAGGUCUGUUACUUUGGUAAUGACACCAGGAUGGUGGAAGAGUUUCACACUGGCAGAGAGUACAAAGUAUAUACAGAUGGAGAUUGUGCACAGUUUAAAACUGUGUCCUGAUCCACAUGCCUUUCUUCUAGUCAUCAAUCUACAUGAAACAUUCACAGACAUGCACCUAAAGAGUCUGGUGGAGCACAUGGAGAUUCUUGGUGAGCAGAUCUGGAACCACACCAUCGUUCUGCUCAUGUAUAUUAACACAAAGAAGAGAGAUGUAGAUAACAAACAGCUGAUUGAGAGAGCAGGGACAGAGCUUAAUAUUCUUAUACAAAAGUGUGGGAACAGAGUUCAGGUUUUCAAUUAUACUGACAGCAAGGGAAUAAAUGUGGAAGAACUGUUUCAUGAGAUAGAGAGACUGAUAGCAGGGAACAAAGGACAGUGCUUACAAAUUAACAACAAACAGUUUGAAGAUAUAGAGGAAAAGAGAAACACUGUGAAGAAGCAAGCAAAGGAGAGAGAGAACGAAGUAAAAACAAAGAUGCAAACCUUAAAAGAACUUCUAACAGAGAGAAGUUGUGGUUAUCCAGAGUUAAGGAUUGUUCUGAUGGGUGGCAGAUUUGUUGGGAAGACCUCAGUGAUGGACACCAUCCUGAAAAUCGAACAAGAGUUUAGCAACUCCAAAAAGUGUGUGAUGAGGGAUGGAGAGGUUGACAAGAGAAAAGUCAUUUUAAUUGACACUCCUGGAUGGUGGCCGUACGCGUCUGUAAAGGAGACUUCAGAGUCAGUCAAGCAGGAGAUCAAGUCAAGUGUUAGUAUGUGUUCACCAGGACCUCAUGCAGUUUUGCUGGUUCUGCAGUCUGGUGUCGCCUUCACUGAAGCUCAAAGGAGGUCUGUCAAGGAGCACAUGGAGCUCCUGGGUGGAAAUGUCUGGAAGUACUGUAUAGUGGUGUUCAGUGGGGGUGACUGGAUGGGAACCUCCACUAUUGAAGAACACAUUGAGAGUGAAGGAGAAGCUCUGCAGUGGCUGAUCAAUAAAUGUGGAAACAGGUAUCACGUACUGAACUACAUGGAGCAGGACGAUAGAGAACAGGUGAGAGAGUUGAUGGAGAAAGUGGAGAUGAUGGCAAGAGAAAACAAAGAGCUCCUGACACCUGUAGAAGCAGGAAUGGAGGAGACCGACAGCGGUUGUGGAUCUAACUGGUCAGAGCAAGACAAGUUAGAGAGAGGAAGCUUUAAUCUGGAUCCACCUCUUAUGCAUGCUGACUACGUCACAAAAUGGCUUGAAAAAAACGAAACUGUGUCUAACUACAGGACCUUAUCAGAAAUUUAGCCGACAUAUCAGUCAAAAGAUAUUUCAGAAGACAUCAUAAUAAAUUAAGAUAUCUGAUGAUUUUUAGAGGGGCAUGAAAUACUCACAACCAAGUAAUAAGGGCAGGAUGGUAUUUCAUUGACUUGCACAUGUAAGUUUUGUUUAAAAUUGUAAACAUGGGCUUGACUUUUGUUUUCACCAUUACUAUUUAAACUAUUAGCACAACCUCAUUACAAAUCUACUCAUAUUAUUUUUAAUGUUCAAUGUUCAAUCAUAUUAUGGGUCUAAACUAAUUGUAAGUGAUCUUUGGAAAACGUUUUUUAGUUUAUCAAUCUAUUUUACAUUGAAGUAUCUAUUGACAUAAAUUUAAUUUGUGACUGAAAAUACACCUGUGCAAUUGAUUAUAUAUUGUAGAUUGUAUAUAUUUGCUCCAACAAUGGAGUGCUGGACCUUUGUAUAAUUUGUUCUUUUAAAUAAAAUAAAUUCAGACAACAAAUA